GCACUCUGGUGCGGAACACGCGUCAAAGCGGAGUGAUAUCUUCAUAAAAAAAUAAGAGGCGUGAACGCUUCCUAUGGCACCUAGUGCCGUUAGCUAAGAAAAAUGAAGAGUGACUAAACAGCGCACUUUUCUGACAUAUGUCAGGAAUAAUGGCGCACCGAUUGAUCUGGAUUUACGCUUUGCUUACCUUAAUCAGCGUCAACCUGUCCAGUCAAAGUUCUAACCGGGUCAGAGGCUUUACUGGUGUUGAAACUGAGUAUGGAGUGUCGGUGACAUCCACUGCUGUUGCUGUACUGGACAGCAAGCUCACGCAAAUCUUCUUCCCAGUGGUGUACAUCAUUGUGUUCAGUGUGGGCUUGCCAACCAACGCAAUGGCCAUCUGGGUGUUUCUCUUCAGGACAAAGAAGAAAAAUCCCUCAUCCAUUUUCAUGGCCAACCUCGCACUGGCUGACCUGCUGUUCGUAAUCUGGAUUCCCCUAAAGAUUGCAUACCAUUUUAACGCGAAUAACUGGAUCUACGGAGAAGCCCUGUGCAAAGUCUUGGUUGCCUUUUUCUAUGGGAACAUGUAUUGUUCGACUGCUUUCAUUGCAUGUAUUAGUGUCCUGAGGUACUGGGCCAUAGUACAUCCUCUUUCCCAGCAGAAAAGGAACAACCGAUUGGCAACUGGUGUUGCUGCGUGUGUGUGGCUGAUUGUGUGGGUCAUUACUGUGCCUCUUUAUCUUUAUGACCAGACCGUGAAGGUCACCAACAUGGAUAUUGUUACCUGCCAUGAUGUCACUCGCCCCAGCCAGUCACGCUACCCUUCUAUCUACUUCCUGAUUAUGGGAGUUGUUGGAUUCUUAGUUCCCUGCAUAGUAUGUAUAGUAGCCUACGUGCAGAUGCUGCGUGCCCUGAAGAGCUCGAUGACAGACGCUGACAUCGUUCAGAAGCGAAGGAAGGCUGUCAUCCUCAUCGUCACGGUGCUGGUGAUGUUCCUAGUGUGUUUCACCCCGAGUAACAUCAUGGUUAUGGUGCAUUACUCCCUGCUUUCUAUAGGAGUACAAGACAGCGGUUAUGGCUUCUAUGUUACAACGCUAUGCCUGGCCAGCCUCAACAGCUGCGUCGAUCCAUUCAUAUAUUAUUUUGUUUCAGAUGAGUUCAGAAAACAUAUAAGAAACACGUUUCUUUGCCGCAGCGAACGCACCGCCCAAAGGAUGCGGGUUUCUUUCAGCGCACUGAAGUAUUCAAAGAAAAGCAGUACCUACACAUCAGAGUCUGGAAACACGCAGAGCAGUACCUACUAAGAAUGGCAUCUGGAGAACUGUUUAACGAAUCUGUGCUAUGCUCUGAUGCUCUACAAUACCUCUUGAAAACUAUAUAAGCUUUUGUUAUUUUAUUAUUAAAUAUUGUAAGGGCUGGAGGAACAAGUUUCUGAAACAUGCACUGAUUUAUACUUUGCAACAUUUAACAUGUAAUUGAGUCAACAAUUAAAAAUCUUUUUUUCAUAAUCAAAUAAAUUAUUUUUUUGUUUGUUUGUUUAUCUUGUUAAAUAUGGGAAUUACAUCUAUAUUUGAAGAUCUUAAGACCUUAAAAGGACAUCCAAAGGUUCUCACUUCUUGGAACUACAAAUUGGCCAUCUGUUUGAAAUGGUCACCAUGGAAAUAUUGAAUAAUUUUUAUUAUUGUGUUGCCUUUACAUCAUUAGAUACAGGUUGCUUCAUUUUGGGUUUAAAGACCUAAUUAAAAAACUUAAUUAAAUGUUCCCUCUUGGUGGAAUGACCUGCCCAACUCAACCCGAGCAGCUGAGUCUGUAGCCAUCUUCAAGAAUCGGCUUAAA